UUAGCGGUGAACACAAUGCCUUUACGUGCAUGGUGAGACCCUUGGACCUGAGAGCUUUCAGGAGUCUAAGGGAACUGCCCUAGUUUAGAAAAAUGGGUUUCAUCAAGGUGGUCAAGAACAAGGCGUACUUCAAACGCUUCCAAGUGAAGUUCAAGAGGCGCCGCGAGGGCAAGACUGAUUAUUAUGCCCGCAAACGCUUGGUUGUACAGGCUAAAAACAAGUACAACACCCCUAAGCAUCGCAUGAUUGUCCGCAUCACCAAUACGGACGUCAUUGCUCAGAUUGCAUAUGCCAGAAUUGAGGGUGAUGUUAUCAUUGCUUCUGCCUACUCUCACGAACUACCCAAGUAUGGUGUCAAGGUUGGGUUGACCAACUAUGCAGCUUGCUACUGCACCGGUCUGCUACUUGCUAGGAGGGUUCUGAAGAAGUUCAAGCUCGAUGGCAUUUAUGAAGGGCAGAAGGAAGUUGAUGGGGAGAUGUACAGUGUGGAGGAUGUAGAUGAUGGGCCAGGGGCUUUCCGUGCCAAUCUGGAUAUUGGUCUAGCACGCACCACUACUGGUGCCAGGAUUUUUGGUGUCAUGAAGGGUGCUGUGGAUGGUGGUAUUGAAGUUCCCCACAGUGAGAAGAGAUUCCCUGGGUAUGACAAGGAGACAAAAGAAUUUAAUGCCUCCGUUCUGCGUGAUCACAUCAUGGGAAGUCACGUUGCCCAUUACAUGCGGGAACUCAUGGAGUCUGAUGAAGAUGCUUACAAGAAGCAGUUCUCUCGUUUCAUCAAGCUGGGCGUCACUGCUGAUGAGUUGGAAGAAACAUACAAGAAGGCCCAUGCUACUAUCCGUUCUGACCCAACACCCAAACCUAAACCAGAGAAGAAGGUUACCAAGAAGAGGUGGAAUGCCAAGAGGUUGACUUAUGAUGAACGCAAGGCAGCAAUUCAAGUUCGUAAGGAUGCUUGGUUGGCCAAGAUUGAGAGGGGUGAAGCCACACUAGAAGAGCUGCGUCCUCCCAGGCACAAAUAAACAGUUUUACUCUG